CUCAUCCUCCCGGCGAUGUUGUUCCUUUGCCCUGUCAUUUCAUUAGAAGACUUCUCUUAAAUGAGAACCCCCAAAUUGACAACAGUCCAUGUUCCCGACGUCAAUGUCACCAAACCCCUCCCUCACGAUACCUUAUGCCUGAGGUGAGCUAGGAGCCAUGGGGGUCGUCAGUCUAUGCCCGGCUCAUCCUUCGAACUCAGUGUCGGGAGGAAGGAAAAACCAUGAUCAACGAAAAGCUUGUUUGCAUCUUUUCAGAUUGGAGAUAAUCCCAAAAGAAACGAUGGCAGAAAAAAGGUUGACCCAGCCCUACGGACUCCAAGACAAAUUGGCCAAUGGCAUCCAUGUCGAAUCGGAUCUUCAUUGGCUCCACCCCCCCCGCUUGCUCCGCCGCUCCCCAGUAGAGUUUGCAGGGGCAGUGCUCGGCACCAAAAACGUUUCUUCCACCGCCCUCACCUGCAGCAGCGCCAGAGGGACACCGGCCGGCUCUUUUUGGCGAUUUCUCCUGUUACAAGUUCUGGCCUGAAUUCUCCUAUCAACAGUCCUCUCCUCUGCCUUGUAUUUCUUGAACCUCGUCAUGGUGUCUCUGCUUGUUUGAGAUACGCUAUAUAACCAGUUUGUCUACCGUCGAAACCCACCAGUUCAUCCGUUCUCUCCACCGUCUCCGCUGUUUGCCGCUGUCAGAACCAUUAACAAGCAUGGGUGAUUCUGGCAAUGGCUGGCAAACGGUGAUGCCCACCACCCACUCGAGUAUACAGCGCCUUUCCCGCGACGCCUGGGCCGAGCUAGAAGCAUGCGAACGACAGAUUCUCAACGAGUGGGAGAGAACACAUACACAUUGGUCUGGAAUUGGCAAACACACACCUUUGGACGACCAUGCCGAAGCCAAGAGACUACACACUCGAUUCAAACUCGCCAACGAUACGCCGCUGGGAACCGGGAGCUUUGGAGUGGUGCAAAAGGUCGUCUACGCCAACAACGGUCGCACGAUAUGCCUGGCGAGGAAACAAGUGAGGCCGCCACAUCGGCGCUUCCCAAUAUCACUGCUGCGGGAGGAGGCCAGUGUGAUGGAAAAGCUGGACCAUGAUCACAUCGUCAAGCUGGUUGGCACCUACUGCAUUUCUAGCAAUCUCUACCUGCUACUCUGGCCCGUCGCCGUGUGCAACCUGGAUUGCCUGUUCAACGACAUUGACCAUCUCAAGUCGGGCGAAGGCGACCGCGAAGAUAUCAUCAAACGCCUGCAUACCCUUGACCUACAUAAUUUGAGCGCGGUGGAUAAGAGAAGCCAGCCAAACACAGGAACAUGCCCUCUGAAAUACCUACAACAAGCGAUGGGAUGCGUUGCGCGAGCCGUCGCAUACUGCCACCAGGAAAAGAUCCGCCACCUCGACCUAAAACCUUCCAACAUCCUGUUGAACCCCGGACGUGUCUACAUCGCCGACUUUGGUAUCGCAAAAGAUGUGGGCGAACGAGAUCACACAAUGACGCGAGGACCUGCCGGAACCCCAAAAUGGAGAGCCCCUGAACUCAACCAAGUGCAGUGCGACUGGUCCAUGCAGGCGGCUGAAGUUUACUCGCUCGGCCUUGUCUUGCUGAACAUCGCCACCGUUAUCCAUGGAGGGGACCUGGCUGAUUUUGACGAAAUUAUUGCUGAUCUAACGCUUCGAGGUCGCGAUGACAAGAUCAACGCCUACCUUCCCAGACUGGAACGUUUGGCUCUGGCGACUCAGGAGGUCCAAGAUGUCAACGCCUUCACCUUUGCACCAAAGCACACUCUGCACUUGGUGUCACAAAUGCUCCAUCUCGAUGCCGAACGCCGACCAUCCAUUUUCCAGGUGGAUGCUGAACUUAUUGACCUGGGCGGCGUGGAACAAGUCUACCAUUCGCAUUGCUGCAAGAAGAGUGCCCGCUUUGUGACUGAUCGGAUCAACACCAAGAUCAGGGCUCUUGUUGACGAACGCGAUCGCCUGAAAGCUGAUCACAUGAAUAUGGCCAAGCGCUUGGAGGUUCUGGAGGCCAAGGACGAUACCUACGAGUCCCGGAUUCUGAAAGAGCGAAACGCCCAGGCCGAGAACGUUGCCCGGCUCCAGGAUCUUCUCAAGAAGGAACAAAGUGAAUGCAAGCGCCUCACAGCACAACUUGCAGAAUUCCAGCAAACGUACAAACGCCAACCGCAACCAACCCUCCCCCGACCUGCCUCAGAUCCAGCUCACGGUGGCCUCAUGAUGCGAAUGCGACCACGUACACAUCCCAUUCCCAAUGAUCCUGCAGCACCUUUGUCGCCUCCGGUUAAAACGCAGACAAAGCUUGCAGCACCAACUGCUGUCCCUGGAUCCAAGCUCACCUACUCGCAGACGGCCGCAGGCGCCGUCUCUUCCAAGCCUGCAUCUCCCCAUUUGGUAGCUGCCGCUGUCCCAAAGGAAAUGUCUCCUCAUCUACUGCCCCGACGAGAUUCUCUCAAUCCCACCAUGAUACCCCGUCGUGAUUCGAUGAAUCGCCUCGCAAACACACCUUUGCCUGGCGCGGCCACUCCCGGUAGUCCGAACCCAGACCUUGCAGGCUACACCCUUCGUUCUCGGAAUUCCGGCUCUCGUCUACCCCAGCCUGUCAACCCUGCCACACCCAUCCGUGCCGGAACCCCCAUCCUCAACCGUGACCCGUCAUCGACAGACAGCACAACAUACAGCAUGAACAGUUCGGUCUUCAGUCGCCUCGAAAGCUCCAAGCAUUCACUCGCCGAGACGAGUGCUGCAGGAACCCCAGCCAUCGGUACUCCGGCCCUGAAUCAGGAGAGAAAGAACUCGCACACCGCAGAGUCAUACGAGCAUGUUGACCAUGGUGGCUCGGAAGAGGACCAAACAGUAGAAAUGAGGUAUGGUCUUGGUAUCACUGGUAUGGUGCGGAGGGAGAGUGUUAGUACCAGGAGGAAUAGUAUUCUGGACAGUGCCAGUGUUGCCAGCUCCAAUAUUGCUGCUACCGUGAGCAUGGGUAGCCCUCACCCCAGCAGUUCGGCUCUCUCAUCGCCGCGGGCGGCGCACGCGCAUCUUGAGGGCCACAGGUCUUCGAUGUUCAAGGUGCCUUCAAUGCCAACACAUCAAAGCUGGGCCGAUAUCGCGAGAAAGGAGAGAAGAUAGCGGGGGAGGGGGGGCGGGAAAUCUCUGUACAAAUCGUGGAAUCUAGCAUAGCGUGGAUUUUGGAUACACAAAAAUAUUGAAGAUCUCUUGUUCAUGUUGGA